UCCCCUGAGGACCCUCCGUGGAGCGCUGGUGGACCCACGGUGUGUACGUUAUCUAGAUCCCCCCAAGAAUCGCCGAUGGCACUUUUGCGGGCCGUGUGUGGACCGCUCUUUUUUGUGAUGUACACGUGGUUUUUGAAUGGCACCAUCGCCGCGUCCGGAGUGCCUAUAGUCAUUGACGGCACGAAAAGCUUCGUGCAACUGGCGGGCACGAGGCUGUAUGCCGAGGGUGGGAUCGCCAGGGACGCGGCCACGGCCCGCGGAGGCACCGGCAGCAGCGGAGGUGAUGGCACCGGCGGUAGUGUCAACCCCGACGGGAGUGUGUCGUUUGGACCGGGAUACACUCUGCUGCUGAACGGCACCGUCUUGGAUUCCACUGGCGCGCCCGUCGCUCCCACCGCCAAUCCGGACGGAUCGUUUAGUACCGUCGGUGGCAACUACACCGCUUACCCCAACGGCACGAUCAGUGCUCCCGGCGUCGCGAUUUCCAGCGGCGGCACCGGGUUUACCGUCCGGAAAACGACGCUCUUGGCUAAUGGAACGGUCGUGGACGCGUCGGGGAAGCCGAUUAAGCCGACGGCCAAUGCGGAUGGUUCGGUGACAGCGGGAGACCUCGUGGUUUACCCCAACGGUACGGUUGUGGGCAAAGGCGGCGAGGUGGUGAACACCGGGCGCACAUUCAAUGUCAACCCCGAUGGCACCCUCGUUGCCUCCCCAACCGCCCCCGGCUCCCUCCCCGCCCCUGGCUCCAUCCCCGCCCCCGGCUCCGUCCCUUCUCCCAUCCCCUCCGGCCCCAGCGGCAGCAGCGUGAGCGUCAACCCCGAUGGCAGCGUGGCGUUCGGCCCGGGCUACACCCUCAUGGCGGAUGGCACUGUGCUUGACUCUACUGGCGCUUCCGUCACUCCCACUGCCAACCCUGACGGAUCGUUCACCGUCGGCGGUGAUUACACCGUCUACCCCAACGGCACGCUCGCUGCUCCCGGCCUCGCCAUAUCCACCGGAGACGCACCCAGCUACACGGUUGGCAGCACGACGCUGCUGGCCAAUGGCACGGUGCUGGAUGCUGCUGGAACGCCGAUCGUGCCAACAGCCAAUGCAGACGGGUCGUUCACUGCUGGCGACUUGACUGGGUUUGCGAAUGGCACGAUUGUGGGGACCAACGGCGCGGUGGUGAAUACCGGCAAGCAGUUUGCUGUCAACCCAGACGGCACCAUUGCUGUCUCUUCUCCUUCCGCACCUGGCUCCAGCCCUGCCCCCGGCUCCGUCCCUGCCCCUGGCUCCGUCCCUGCCCCUGGCUCCGUCCCUGCCCCUGGCUCCGUCCCUGCCCCUGGUUCCGUCCCUGCCCCUGGCUCCGUCCCUGCCCCUGGCUCCGUCCCUGCCCCUGGCUCCGUCCCUGCCCCUGGCUCCGUCCCUGCCCCUGGCUCCGUCCCUGCCCCUGGCUCCGUCCCUGCCCCUGGCUCCGUCCCUGCCCCUGGCUCUGGUUCCGUCAUCACCACCAACCCUGAUGGCAGUGUCACCGUAGACGGCAUCACCACAAUCUACAACAACAGAACCAUAGUAGACUCUAGCGGCGGGCCCUUCAAGCCUCCGCUGAACCAGGACGGGUCGUACGAGCUCUCAGGCUACAGCUACUUCCCUAAGAAUGGCACUCUGGCAGGGCAGGGGGUGGUGCUGCAGACGUUUGGUGAUGGCGGUGCUGCGGCUGGACCUGGCAGCGUGACGGUUGGGGCCACCACCAUGUUUCCCAACGGCACCAUUGUUGACGCCGCAACCGGGCAGCCAGUUGCUGCUACUCAGAACGCGGAUGGGUCGUUCACUGCAGGCGAUCUCGCUGGGUGGCCGAAUGGCACUGUUAUUGGCAGCAGCGGUGUGGUGGUCAGCACUGGCCUGGCUCUCACGGUCAACUCAGAUGGGACUGUCACCGCUGUUUCUCCCACUCCCGCCCCUGGUUCCGUCCCUGCUCCCGCUCCUCCUUCCUCCCCUUCUCCCACACCUGCUGAUACCACUGGCACCGUCACAAGGAACUCUGAUGGUAGCCUUACUUUCGAUGGCUACACCCUCUAUCAGAACAACACCGUUGUGGACUCUCUUGGCGCAGUAGUCACUCCCACUCAAAACGCUGUUGGCUCUUUCACGAUUGAAGAUGGCAAGUACUCAUAUCUCCCCAGCACCGGCACCCUCACUGCCCCUGGCAUCUCCAUCUACACCAACCCUGCAUCCGGCACGACUGAUGGGUUCACUGUGGGCGGCACCACCAUGUACACCAAUGGCACCAUUGUGGACGCUGCUACAGGCACACGCAUCACUCCUACUGCGAACUCUGACGGCUCGUUCAUUGCAGGGGACCUGACCGGGUGGGCCAACGGCACUGUGGUUGGCAGCAACGGGCGGGUGGUGAACACGGGCCUGCUGCUCACUCUCAACUCCGAUGGCACCGUGUCUUUCGGCUCUGCUUCUCCUGCACCCGGUGGCCCUGCUGCGCCUUCCACCACCACUGGCACAGCUGCACCGCCGCCACCCAGCCCUGCUGUGUCAAGCAGCAGCAGUAGCAGCAAACUGUCUUCAGGUGCCAUAGCCGGUAUUGUCGUGGGUUGCGUGUGUGCACUCAUUCUCGUGCUCGUGCUGACGCUCUGGGUCUACCGCAUCAGGCAGAGAAACGCACCGAAGGAGAGCGAAGCAAGCAAGGAUGAGGACGACGUAGAAGGAGGAAAGGCAGGAGCAGCACCUGAUGAUCUUGACAUAGACCCAGGAGCAGGGGCAGCAGAAGCAGCGGCAGCAGAAGCAGCGGCAGCAGCCGCAGUGGCAGCAGCAGCAGCAGCAGCGGCGGCGGUGAAACCAGAGUUAGUAGCAGCAGCAGGAGAGGCGCGGCCGCAGGUGUGUCGGCAGUACUCGCUGGGGGAGGUUGCUGCGGCCACAGGCGAGUGGGCAGAGGCGAACCACAUUGGCAGCGGCAGCUUUGGGGAUGUGUACAAGGGAGCCAACCCCGAAUGCCCCUCUGAGAUAUGGGCUGUCAAACGAGCCAAAAUCCUGACUAACGACUUCAAGCGAGAGGUGAAUGAAAUGGCAACAAAGAACCACCCCAACCUGGUGCGGCUGCUGGGCUACUGCUUUGAUGUGAACCACACAACGGACCGCAUCGAGCAGAUUGUCAUCUAUGAGUUCAUGGCCAAUGGCGACCUUGAGAGGUGGAUUGGACCGGACGCUCCCAAGCAGCUCACCAUAAGGCAGCGCCUAGAAGUGAUGAUCGGCAUCGCUCAGGGGCUGCAGUACCUGCAUGGCUUUGGCAUCGUGCAUCGCGACAUCAAGCCAGCCAACGUGCUUCUUGACGACCGGAUGCAGGCAAGGAUUGCAGACUUUGGGCUGGUGAGGCUGGGCGAGGGCACAUCAGUGAUUGCCACUCGAGUGAUGGGCACACCCGGCUAUGUGGACCCCGCUUACUACAAGUCACAAAAGGCAACGCCCAUGGCUGAUGUGCACAGCUUUGGAGUCGUGAUGCUGACAGUCAUCACAGCCCGCAAGGCCGUCUAUAUGGUGGACUCUGAUCAACACAACCUUAAAACUUGUGUGGCUCCUCUGGUGGUGGCCGGUGAAGUGGCAGCUUUCAAGGACCCUCAUCUGCAGGCACCGGACGACUUGGUGCUGCGCAUGGCCAAGCUGGCCCUCAGCUGCACUGCAAUGCCCACCGCUGCUCGACCCUCUAUGAGUCGAAUCUUGACUGAUUUGUUGGACAUGAAGGACGAAUUUCUAGGUGCGGAAUGCAACCGGAUGGCUGAGAAGAUUGAUCGCCAGCUGGAGUCUUCGUCUGCGCAGAUUGAUUUCAAUACGGAGCUUGCUCGCGCCCAGGGAAUGCGGGCCAGUAGUGGGAACUCAAGUGGCAAGCAAUAACUACGAGUUAAUUGUGGAAGCUUUGCUAUUGGCAUUGUAAAUAGCCAUUUUUCUAUGCUGCUCGUAGCGAUAAAUAGAGUAUAUUGUACCGUAAUCUUCCGGAUAAAGGUGUUAGAAUACUAAAAUGAAUAGAAAGAA